ACACUACCGGAAGCAUACGUCACCGUGUGACGUAACGUCGCUGCUUGUGUGACUUGCGAAAUGGAGAUAGGAGCCGCUUGGGAAAACAAGCCUCUGGACUGGAGGACUUUGGACUCAAAUAAAGCAGAAACGUCGACAAGCGGGACGACAUCAACAACGACAGCCGGCUGGAUACUUCCUCAGAAGCUAACACACACUUCGUGAAAUGCAGCACUCGGUAGGAUGAUCAGCAAUCAAGAAGAAGAUGAGUUUGUUGCAGUGCGGGUUCAGGAUCCCCGCAUUCAGAACGAAGGCUCAUGGAAUUCAUAUGUGGAUUUUAAGAUUUUCUUACAUACCAACAGUAAGGCCUUCACAGCCAAGACGUCCUGUGUGCGGCGGCGCUACAGUGAGUUUGUCUGGCUCAAGAAGAAGCUGCAGAAGAACGCCGGUUUGGUGCCCGUCCCAGACCUUCCAGGAAAAUCCUUAUUCUCCUUUAGCAAUGAGGACUUCCUGGAGAGGAGAAGGAAAGGACUUCAGACCUUCUUGGACAAAGUGGUGAACAUGACGGUGUGUCUGUCAGACAGCCAGCUCCACCUCUUCCUGCAGACCCAGCUCCCGGUCGGUCACAUCCAGGACUGCGUGCAGGGCCACACUCCCUACACGGUGACAGACGCCAUCCUCACCUACGCCUCGUCCAAUCGGGGCUUGGCUCAGGCUCAAGAGGACGACUCCAUCAAGGAGCCGAGUCUGACUGUUUCUUAUGAGUCGAUGGAGAGCCCAGCUCCUCAUCAACCUUGCCUACAAAAUGAAGACACCCACAGCCCCGAGCUGUUGUCGUGCGGUGACUCUGACCCUCUCGACGGUUUACUGGAGCUCCACGAUAGAGACACAGCUGAGUUGCAGCACAAGGAGAAAUCCUCUAUAAGGGUCCUCCAGAAGCUCAACCAUCUAGAGGCCGUGGUUGAGGACUGCGACCCGACAGAGGUGACUUUUUUUCUGGGCGACAGACAGGAUGACGAAACACCUGAGAGUCUGAGCCUUGGAGAACGGACUCAGCAGAGGAGCUGUCAAAUUCAGACUCCAGUGGAGGUGCACUCGCCCAUGGGGACUGGCUUUGAGGAGAACUGUGGGGUGGACGGCGUGCUCGAGGAGGAGCAUACAGUCAGCGAGGAGACGUCAGAUACAAUAGAAGAGACAGUUUCUCAUCCAGACACGACUGAGAAGACAAAUAUAGAAAACGUCAGCUGUGAGUUUCCAGAAAAAUGUGUGAAUUCCGUCGCGGUUUUAGAUUUUACAGACUCAAAGGAACAGAGUGUAGAUCACCUCGCCGCAUCUCAGGAGGACACUCUGGAGGACGUCUGCUCUGAAAAGCAGGUUUUAGAAAAUCACGCCAUCCCUGAGGUCAGCGGUGUCACCGAUGGUCACGUUACAGAGGUCACCUGUCCCGAAGAGCCUGACAAACCAGACGAGCGAGACAAAGAGAAUAGUGAUGAACUGCUGAGUGCAGAGGAGACAGCACUUCAGUCAGAAAUCCAUGAAGUGAAUCACAAUGAGCUCAGUGUCCCCGAGGUCGACUGCGGUGACGCCGUUCAACAGAUGGACGAAAAGCAAGCUCAGCAGGAAGUGGAUGUGGAUGGAAGCAGGACUAAAGAGGACAGCGACGAGGACAGCCGGUCGCUGCCGUCCUCCAACGAGAGCAUCGUCAAGGUCAGCGAUGAAGAAAGCAUCUGUGACGAGACGGAAGCGGCGAACGACUACAUGAAGACUUCUCCCGAGGAGGUCGCUCACUGGUCGGAAGUUGAGGCUUGCAGCAGGAACAUUUUGGACCUACAGAUGAACGGCUGCUCUGAGGAGAAAGACCUGCAAUACAUGGCCGACAUCAGGGACUUGAGCAACUCUUUGGACGUCGGCUCAAAUGUAUCCGGCGGAGAUUUGGCUGAAGACUUCAGCAUCUUAGAGACCAGCCGUGUUCCCGAAUUAGCUGACAGUAGGUGCGCGGAGCAGGAAACCCUGUCCUCGCUGUCUUUGGACGCCUCAGAGGAGACUCACGAGGUGGAGGUGCAUUAGUUAAACAGCUGAAUGGCACCUUCAAGUCUCUACACAACUCUCACUGAGCCACAGCAAUGGAUCAUGGGAGUUGUUCUCUGCCAAAGACACAUUCGAUCAUAUUCAGCAUAUAAACAUAUAAACUGGGUGUCGUGUUCCUGAAAAUCUGCUCAUUACGUCUUUAAAAAUGUAGACGAUCCGCUCUGUUAGAGUCCCAUCACUGAAACUUAUGUUGUCGGUAUAACGUUUAAAAAAAAACAACAGUGUAUAUCUUAUUUUAAAUUUAAAACCUUCAUAUACACUCAGGUACAGUAAAUAUUGGCACUGUUUUUCCAACAUCUAAGUUCUGGAUGAUGAUUUGCUUUUUAUGAACAGCAGAGGGUGCCCAAGCUCACAAAAAACACACAUGCAUCUUUGAUUUAGGGUUUUUCUGACCAGAUCGAAAGGUUUUGUUGUUGUAUAAACAGAUCAAAUUAAUGUCUGUGAGUCACAUUUUAAGUCAAACGUGCUCUGAAAUGUAGUCAUGUUAGUUUGUGGAGAUAACGAAACAUCGGAAAGACAAAUUAUGACAGAAAUAUACAUUUAAAUGAAGUCACAGAUGUGAAACUCAUAAAAAAAAAUCAAGGUAUUAUUUCAGUCAACAUCUGUGUCCUACUGAAUCCUGAUAAUGUGAGCUGAGAAAAGCUGCUCAACCUCUGUUCAACAGAAAAACAUGUCUUGUUCAAACCUGAUAAUGACGCCGAGCAUAAUUUAUAGCAGACAUGUCACGACUUUGUCUACAGAUAAAAACAAGAAAAGGUUAUUUAUGACAUGUAUGAAAGGAAGGAUACAGGAAGUGGCGACGCUCAGCCGAGGCGACUGAUGAAGUUGGUUUAACUGUCCCAGUCGGUCAGUCGGGGACGGACUUUGGCGUUUUUAGUGCUGGAACAUUAAACCAGUUUAGUUUUUGGACUGAGAGCAGACCGACACUCCGUGAGUUCACCUCUUCGCACGCACUGCUCUCAACAUGUACGUGCAGAUUAUGUUUUACAGGCAGCAGAGUCGACCUGAUAUUUAUUUAUUAACUGACGGUGGAUCAGAGAAGGAAAAGAAUAAAACGUUUUAGCGCCACAAAGCACAAAAAACAAAUAAACGGGCCUGUUUUUGAUAUUUCGUGUCAUAUUGAACGAUUAAUAAUAGUUAACACUUGGGAAGCCCCCUUUCAGCCCUGAGAGCCUGAUGACACUCUGAAACUGUUUACAGAGGAAACAUGAUUCACACCUUCACGGUGACGUCACAGUUCACACAUUAAGGUCCGUCAUUGUCAGAUGGUUUGAGUCAGGUACUGGUUUCCUUUUUUAGGACACAACACUGCCUCUUAUAACCUUUACAGCUGGUUAAAGUGGGCAUAAGUUAUUUUAAAACGUUAAAUCACAGCCUACAUGAAAAUAGACUCACAUGGUUUAAAUGAUCAGCCUUAAUUCAACCAGUCUGAACUCUGACUGACUGUUUUCACACUACUGCUGUUUGUGCUUCUAAUCGGUUCUGUUUCAUUCAAAAAAAAAGGGACCCAGAGUUUAUAGAGCUGUUUCACAUAGAAAUGAGCUGACAUUGUUAUUUAGUGUGAUUUUAGUUUUUGACUGUUAAUGAUCGUCAGUGUUUGAUCAUCAUGAAUGUUUCAGUCAUCUUAAAACUGUCACAGCCAUGAGACGCAGCAGGUCGAUCAUCAGUUCCGGGUUUUACUUUGUUUAUACACUGUAAAUGUAGUUUGUCAAAGUUGAGUUGCUUUUAAAAAGUCUUUUUUUUAAGAGCCGUCUCUUUCUAAGGACAUCUCUAUUUUAUAACGUGGAUCUAACGAGGGGACUGAUAACCUGAGUGACUGCGUCUGUGUAAUUAUAUAAAAUAUAGUCUGGUUUUAUUUCAAAUAAAAACUGUUUUUCUUCGUUA